CAGAGAGAGGAAAACAGGGGAGAGAGAGAAUGAAGCAUAUAUUUGGAGGUGCUUUAUUUACUUCAGUCAGUCUUCUUUUAGGGUCAAGGAUGCUGUGUGUCAGUGGUCGCUCACUCUGGCUUUAUCCCCCUAUACUCGCUUUCUUACAACUUUUGGAAAGAGUGUCAGCCUCCACUUCCUCUCCCACUCUUCCAACUCCUACCUUGGACAUCUACUCCAGGUCAGGAGACCUAGUGGUCCUGGUCUGCCGUGCUCCUAAGGGCCACAGUGGUGUUCUGUUCAUGUUGUACCGUGACACCAGAAAAAUGGACUCGCGUGAACUGCUUUACGCAACUGAGCAGGUUCACUUCACUGUCAGGAUGGAUGAACCAGAUUCAGGUCAGCGGCAUCUUUACUGCUGCGUAUACAAGAACCAAGCGGGACUAUACAGUCUGUUCAGCCCCUACUUCCAACUAAAGGAACAAAGAGCUGACGCCCCGACUCCUCCCAUUUCUUCGUGUCCCUCUCCUGUCUUAUCUGUACAGCCCUCAGAUGGUGCGGUGACACUGGGAGACACGCUCCACUUUCGAUGUAGCGUCCCCAUUCAUUCAAACCAGUUACAGUCCCAGUCUAGCAAACCUGCAAUGUUUCUUUUGCUGAGGGAGCAAACAGGGAUAACAUCUGUCAUCCCGCUGCGUCAGGCCAGUCAGUUGUCAAACCCUGAACCACAGCCAGGGGUCUUCAAUGUGGGACCAGUAAGAGGAGGUGAGGAGGGACAGUAUACCUGCCUCUACCAGAUCAACAGUAAAAAGGGAUUGGUUAACUCAUCUGUCAGCAAUGUGGUGCAAGUCACAAUUAGAGGUGUGCUUCCUGUGCCCUCCCUGGUUCUCCAGCAGCAAACAGACGUGUGGCAUUUGCUCUGUACAGGAUCCCCUGCAUAUCCUGGUUGUGUGUUCUCACUCUACGUUGCUGACAGUGAACUUCCUGUGGCAACUUACCGUGCAAAAACUUUGCAUCAUCAAGUCACAUUCCCUGUGCCUGUCCAGGAUUCACCAGUGACCUUUUAUCAGUGCCAGUACAGGGCUCCAUUAGGAAGCACAUGGAGCCUCUCGGAGAGAAGCGUCCCUCUGGCUUUAACUAUAGGAAAUUCCUCUCCAACAUCGAAAGGUGUGGACUGGCCUUUUGCACUGGGCUCCUUCUCUGCAGCCAUAUUGUUUCUCUGCUCUGCAGUUUUUGUGGUUGUGCUGGUUAAGAGAAAAGUAAAAACAGCUGCCAAGGAAAAGAAGAGAAGACAACAAGCACAGUUCUGGACUAAAGUGCACGCUCGAGACCACGUUGUUGAUCUUACUCUCAGGCGUACAAGUUUUGAUUCCCAGGAAUGGGCCUGUGGGGAAACAGAGACACCCUCUAGAUCUUCUCUCUGGAACCCCCUCUCUACUUUCACAACCCCAAUGCAUUGAAAAUGUUUAUUUCACAUCUGCCUGUGUGUGUGUGUGUGUGUGUGUGGGUUGGGGUGUGCGGGCAUCUGCGUGUGUGUGUGUAUUUGGGAAUGUAAUCAUGGUUUAUCAAUGUAGCAACAGUUGGCGUUACACAGCAUGACAUGAAGGGGACUUUUCCUGUUCUUCCUUUUUCAUUUAUGUGUAGGAGUUACUGUAAGAUUAUUUCUUCUUAUAUGUUUGUUGUUACUAAGUCUAUGAAAUUAAAUGCAGAUUUUAUUAUCUUUUUUA